UCCCGGCGCUCCUCCGCCCCGGCCCCGCUAGCCCGGUCGCGCGCGUCGCUUCCCCUAUUCCGGACGCUGCAAGCCCGUCCUCCGUCCCCGGGCCGCCGCUACGCGAGGCCGAGGAUUGGCAGCGCGCGUAGGCCGCGCCGCCGCUGAUGGAGCCGGAAUAAAGGGGCUUGUGAGAAAGCAGCUGGUCGCCGCCCGCCCCCGCGCCUGGCCCCACGGGCGGUCUGGAGCAGAACUGAUCACUGGGGAAGGCAGAGCCUCCCUGCCAUUGCUGGGACCCUGCCUUGAAGAGCCCCCUGUCCUGUAGACACAGCCUGUGGUCUGUCUUCUUGGUUAAUGACUGGGGCAGUCUGACUAGUCCUCUGCUGUGCCUUGUCUGAGGUCCUUGACCAUCCCUGAGAUCAGGCAGCUUCUCUCUCUGGGUUGGGUCACCUUAAGCGGGAAACUGAAGCCAUUACUCUCCAAACCCUGUUUCAUCUUCCCAAGUAUGUCGGAAAGUUGGCAGCAGCCGCCUCAGACACAGCCCCAGCAGCCACAGCCACCGCAGCCCCAGCACCAUGCAGAGCCACCCCCAGCCCUGGCUGAGCAUGCGCUGCCCCCAGGCACAGCUGAGAAUCCCCUGGGCUGUGCUGUCUAUGGCAUCCUCCUGCAGCCGGACCCCGGCCUGCAGCCCCCCCAGCAUGCACCUCUGCCAGCAGCAGGCGAACCAGGUCCCAAAUGCGGUGUGUGUGGUCAUGACCUGACACACCUGUCCAGCCCCCAUGAGCACCAGUGCCUGGCUGGCCACGACCGCUCAUUCCAGUGCACACAGUGUCUCAAGAUCUUCCACCAGGCCACGGACCUGCUGGAACAUCAGUGUGUGCAGGCCGAGCAGAAGCCUUUUGUCUGCGGCGUCUGCAAGAUGGGUUUCUCACUGCUUACCUCGCUGGCGCAGCACCACAGCGCGCACACUGGCCUGGUGAAGUGCUCCAUCUGUGAGAAGACCUACAAGCCUGCUGAGUCCUCGGAGCCCGCCACCACUGCUGCCCCCUCUCUCCCCACAGCUGCCCCGACUCCAACUGUCGCCCCUGUGGAACAGCCUGAGAAGCCCUAUAGCUGCCCCAUCUGCCAGAAGCCCUUCAAACACCUGUCAGAGCUCUCUCGGCAUGAGCGUAUCCACACUGGCGAGAAGCCGUACAAGUGCACGCUGUGCGACAAGAGCUUCAGCCAGUCGUCCCACCUGGUGCACCACAAGCGCACGCACAGCUCGGAGCGGCCCUACAAGUGUGCGGUCUGCGAGAAGACCUUCAAGCACCGCUCGCACCUGGUGCGCCACAUGUACGCGCAUUCAGGCGAGCACCACCUGUUCCGCUGCAAUGUGUGCGAGUUGCACUUCAAGGAGUCCUCAGAGCUGCUGCAGCACCCAUGCACCCCGAGUGGCGAGCGGCCCUUCCGCUGCGGCGAGUGCCAGAAGGCCUUCAAGCGGCCUUCAGACCUGCGGCAGCACGAGCGCACUCACAGCGCUGAGCGGCCCUUCAAGUGCGACCUGUGCCCCAUGGGUUUCAAGCAGCAGUACGCACUCAUGCGGCACCGGCGCACGCACAAGACCGAGGAGCCCUUCAAGUGUGGCCUGUGCGAGAAGGGCUUCGGGCAGCCCAGCCACCUGCUCUACCACCAGCACGUGCACACUCUUGAGACGCUCUUCAAAUGCCCUGUGUGCCAGAAGGGCUUCGACCAGUCUGCUGAGCUGCUGCGGCACAAGUGCCUGCCGGGCUCCACCGAGAGGCCCUUCAAGUGCCCCGUGUGCAACAAGGCCUACAAGCGGGCGUCUGCCCUGCAGAAACACCAGCUGGCACACUGCGCAGCAGCCGAGAAGCCCCUGCGCUGUACCCUCUGCGAGCGCCGCUUCUUCUCCUCCUCCGAGUUUGUGCAGCACCGCUGCGACCCGGCCCGCGAGAAGCCACUCAAAUGCCCGGACUGCGACAAGCGCUUCAAGUAUGCGUCAGACCUGCAGCGGCACCGGCGGGUGCACACGGGCGAGAAACCCUAUAAGUGUCCCAACUGCGACAAGGCCUUCAAGCAGCGUGAGCAUCUCAACAAGCACCAGGGCGUGCACGCACGAGAGCAGCAGUUCAAGUGCGUGUGGUGUGGCGAGCGCUUCUUGGACGUGGCCCUGCUGCAGGAGCACAGUGCCCAGCACAGCGCUGCCGCUGCAGCUGCUGAGGGUGCCUACCAAGUGGCUGCCUGCUUGCCCUGAGGCCACGCCCUGGCCAGGCCCAACCCAGCCCAGCCUGUCUCCUUGCAGCUGUAUCGCCCCACACCCCCAUCCAGCUCCAUGUUCUGAAGGCCCCAGAGAGAAGACAGAAGGGUCUUAGGAAGAUGGAGGGUGGGUGUGCCCAGUCCUGGCACCAGCCUGGCAGCAGGGGAGGCAGCCAGAUUGCUAUAGCCAGUCCUGACUCUGUAAACCUCUUUCUGGUCACAGGAUUCACCUUCUGAGAGCUGUCAGCCUCCCUUAUCUCUGAGGGCCUAGAAUCUCAUGGGACUGUCAAGUGACCUCUCUGCUCCAGGGUUGGGGGUGCCAACCCAAUAUCCCCCAACUCUUUCAGCCUCCUUAGAAAGCAGAUAGUUUCUCCUCUGGAAGGAGGAGGAAUAUGCUAGGGCCUGCACCCCUGAAAUGGGCGGGUGUAGGGGAUCCCAUGCUGUUUAGGGGAGAAGGCCAGCUUUGUAGCACAGCCCUGGGGACCAGGAAGGCAGACCAUGAGCAACCGCCCUCUGUCUUCCACAGCCAGGGGUGAUGUUCUCCCUAUGUUUCUGACAAGUGAGACGUACAAAAUAGGGGUUUAUGAGCCCGGUCUCUUUGGAGACCAGGGGACCCAGCCAGGUGGAGGGAAGCAGUGACUUUCCUGUGACAUCCUCAACUAGGACAGUGCUGUCAGUGGGGAAAGGAGGACGAGCAGCUGUUUGUACCUGGGGUCAACUCCUCACUUUGGAAGUUGCUUGGUUGCUGUGUAGUUCUGAACUGUGGGGAACGUGCCCUCAGCCAGUAAGAGCUGCCGAUUUGAAGGGAGGAGACUGCUAGACUCUGGGGCUGGGAGAAGGUAGGGCCAAGCCCAUGAUCUUUCCAGCAGAUGCAAGCAUUCCCCCCCAACACACACACACACAUUGUGUGAACCAAAGUAUCCAGGCUCAGGGACAUGGCCCCAGUCAGCCUGCCCCAGCCUUGCCUUAGAGCCAAAGCUAGGCCUAGGGACCCAGGGUAGGGAAGGUUUCUAACUCCACAGUGCCCUUCCAGCCCGUGGGAAUACCACCCUUCUAUCAGUCUGGCUGCUGGCCUGGACCUGAGGGAUCUCCUGUUGCUAAAAUUCCCUGACAUGUCUGGCUACAUUGAGACCACUCUAGGGCUCUGGCUACCCUCAGGGCUAUUGGAGCAUCAGGUGUCCAGAGUACAGGGAAUGGGGAACAAGUAGAGUAAGGAAUACAGUAGGCAGUAUUCUUGGCAGAUGCAUGGUCAGCCAACGUUUCUGAAUAGCCAGGACCCUCUCGGGAGCCCAGCCAACCUUUAUUGUCUAAAUUGCCAUUCUGAACCCAGCUCUGCGCCCUGCCCUCUUCCAGCCCUACCUCUCUCUAGUUGUGGGUCUUGAAAGAAGACUGAAGAGUACAGAGGCCAAGGGCACUGAGAGGCAGGAAAAUGCACCACCUCACCCUUCUCACCUUGGGAAGUCUGAACAGCCACACCCACCUCUUCUGUUUGACUGGAUUCUCUCUUGUGCCCAUAGAGAGGGGCUGGCACUCAGUCACAAUGCCUCAAGACUGAAUCCAGGCUUGCAACUGUCCCAACUACUAAUUUUUUCCUUUCACUUUGCUUUCUAAAAGCAGUUUGUUACACUAUUCAUAGCAUUGUAUAGUUUAAUUUCAUGUCAUUUUGGAUCUUAUAUAUAAAUGUGGGAAUCUGGAUUUUUAAAAAGAAUGACUCCAUUUUAGGUAGCCACUUUCGAUGUUAAUAUAUAGUGAGUCCAAUGUAUGCUUUAGAAGUAAAGACAUUGACCGUCACAGGCCGAGCUCUGCUUGUCUGCUCAUUCUUCACAGGGACCAUGUGGACUUGGAGGGCUGAGAGAGGUGUGCAGACCAGAGUGGCAGGUUGGGUCUGGGAUGCAGGGCUGGUUUUGAAUCCCGAGCUUUGAGCGUUCUGGCUGUGAGACCUUGGGCAAGUCAC